AUGUUCGAAAGGUGCCCCAUCAUUUCAGCCCGUGGUGGUUCUACAACUAGUUCUUCUGCAGCUCAUGUCCCUCGUAGAAUAGUUGUCCCUGGUAGAUUCAACUCAGAUCCUUAUGUUCCUCAAGUCAACCGUUAUUCAGUUACUGCUCAAGAAAGGCGUAAUCAUCUUGCAAUGGUUCAGAUUGCAAGUCAUCCAGAGUGGUGCAAGUACGAAGCUAUUCGAUAUGAAAGAGCUUACUGCAGUUAUCGUAACCUUUCUUCACUUCAGUUUAAAUCUCGUGUAGACAAUUUCUUGAUCUUGUAUGUUUGUCGAUAUCUAUUCAAUGAAGCCCACCCUUCCGUUUCCAAGAAGCAUUUCUUCUUCUCUUAUAUUGGUGAAACUAUUUUGGAUGGUACUGUUGCUGAGAUUGUUGGUAAUGCUUUCAAUGGUGCUAAUAGUGCUUUUCCUAUGUGGAGGAGCAAUAUGCUGUACUUCCCUAUUUGUAGGUUCAAUCAUUGGUUUUCCUUUGUGGUUUGCUUGAAGGAGAGACUGUUUGUCUUCCUCGAUUCAUUAUAUGGCGAGUUCUCAGAUUUUCACCUAGCCAUUCAUGAUCAGAUUGUUAAUAACUUCACCAAUCUAUGGGACACAUAUGUGAGUCCUAUAAUGAGGAAGCGUAUUGACUUUGAAAAUUUCGACAUUGUGUAUCCCGCGGUCCGUCAGCAAAAUAACACGUAUGAUUGUGGUGUUUUCUCAGUGAUGUACAUGAAGCACUGGACUCCUAGAACUCCUAUUGGCAAUCUUUUUACGCAAGCCGAUAUAGAUAACAUCAGGAUCAAGCUCGCAAAUGAACUUUAUUUCAGCACAUUCAACACUGCUCACAAGUCUCUUGUCACAAACUUCUUUGGCGCAGAACUAGAUAACUUUUCCUUUUUGAGUGGUGAUCGAAAGUGA